CCCAUAACAGAGACCAUCCUUAAGCGGUGGAGUAUAUCGAGACCCAGAAAAAAUAUCGAGAUGCCUAAAUAUUCUGAAGGUGGCUCGUUCCUUUCCGCCGGAAGAAAACCCUGGCUAGAACAUAUAUCCUUUUAUUUCUUUUCACUCCGAUCCGUAUCUAUUGUGAUUCACAAAAAUGGAUAUAAUUUUAACUCCUGAUGCGAUUUUGGAUAUUAGAGGAGGGGAUACAAAGUCACGCCCCAUUGUUCAAGUUUUAGAUAUAAAAUCUGUAAGAAAAUCACCGGUUCGAUAUCAAUUUGUUGUUUCUGACUCGGUAUCAACUCUACAAGCCGCGUUAGAUGUUCAAUUAAAUGAUAAAGUAACGAAAGGUUAUGUUCGCGAAGGGUCCGUGGUUCAAUUGAUUGAAUACUUUUACAAAAAUCACAAGAAUAUUUUUAUAAUGAACAUGCGGACUGUUAUCCCAGAGUGUGUGAAAAUUGGGGACCCGAAGCCUUUAGGUGAACCUCAUUUGAAAUAUCAAAGUGCUCCAUCUGGCUGUAACGCUUUUGCUCCAACUGGUAAUAUUAGUAAGACAUCGAUCUUUGAUUCUACUGUAAAACCUGCAUGUCAACCUCCAUCGCUGAAUUUCAUAACUCGUGGCUCCCUUGCGAAGAACGAAGUCCCUAUUAAUCCAAUUUCUGCCUUGGGUUCUCAUCUGGGUGAAUGGACACUUAAGGCCAGAGUAACUGCAAAAGGUGGAAUCCAGUACCAUAGACUCGUCGAGGGAGAUGUGAAGGUUAUUUCUUUCGAUCUCCUUGAUUCUAGUGGAGGAGAAAUUCAAGUGAAGUAUGUUGGCUGUGCUGUUGUUAAUCGUUUUUAUCCAUAUGUUGAGGUUGGGAAAGUGUACAUGGUUUCAAAAGGAAGUCUGAAACAAGUGCCAAAAGACUACAACCAUCUUAAGAAUGAAUGGGUGAUAAUCUUGAAAGCAACAUCCAUGCUGGAAAAAUGUGAAGAGGACUGUUCAAUACCACAACAGCAGUUUUUGUUCACUCCAAUCUCUGAGAUCAAGAAUGUGGAGAACAAUUCUAUACUGGAUGUCAUUGGUAUCGUGACAAAUGUCAGUCAUCCAGUUCCUGUUAUGUUCAAGAAUGGUACAGAAAACGUAAAAAGAAAACUGGUUUUAAACGAUGAUACCAACGAGACUGUUGAGAUAACUCUAUGGGGGAAAUUUUGUGACAAUGAAGGUCAAGUGCUACGAGAGAUGUUUACGCUCGAGUAAUUUCUAUUUUAGCCGUUAAAGCUGUUAGACUAAAUGAUUGUCAACGGGAAAUCAGUUGAUACGAUAUCUUCAAGCCAGCUCUUCUAUAAUCCAGAUCUGCCUGAAGCUAGUGCAUUGAGAAGUUGGUUUGAUACCGGAGCAAAGGAUAUUGCCGUUUUCUCCUUCUCUAGAGAGCCAAGUCUACUUUUUAUUACUCCAUAUAUCCGUGCAUUUGAUGAAUGGAGAAGUAAGUUUGAAGUUGCAGCCAAGUCUAUGUCCAUAUUUGGAGAUACUACUCAAAGACGACAAAAGAAAUCCGAGCCUUGUACCCAGCUAUUUGUUAAUGCUGCUGUAUCGACCUCUGGAGACACAAGGCAGAAGAAGGGGAUCGCUGAGAUAGUCUCGGAGGGUAAAGUUAGAAGUAUAUUUGGUGGCCUAAGUUGUUAGUAGGACAGAGAAAGACUCAUGAGUUCCAGACUCAUAUUUAGCUGUUGUGCUGACCUCUUUUUGGUAAAUCUCGUUGUACGUAAUAGUUAGAAUAGUUUUUAAUCUUUUUGCUCAUUUUACGGUUUGUUUUAGCCUGGAGAAUUAAUGUUUCUAGACCUCUUUUCUCUACCUAAAAAGAAGCUUG